AUGGCUGAGACCAAUAUCACCCAUGUCACUGAAUUCAUUCUCCAGGGAAUCACAGACCAACCAGAGCUUCAGGCCCCAUGCUUUGUGGUGUUUUUCAUCAUCUAUCUGGUCACAGUGCUGGGCAACCUGGGGUUGAUAACUUUAAUCAGGAUUGAUGCUCGACUCCACUCGCCUAUGUACUAUUUCCUCAGUCACUUGGCCUUUGUUGACCUUUGCUACUCCUCUGCUAUCACACCAAAGAUGAUGGUGAAUUUUGUUGUGGAAAUCAACACUAUUCCUUUCUAUGCUUGUGCAACACAACUGGGCUGCUUUCUCACCUUCAUGAUCACCGAGUGUUUCCUGUUGGCUUCUAUGGCCUAUGAUCGCUACGUGGCCAUCUGUAGUCCCCUGCACUAUUCAACCCUGAUGUCAAAAAGACUCUGCAUUCAAUUAGUGGCAGUUCCAUAUAUAUACAGCUUUCUGGUUGCCCUAUUCCAUACCAUUAUCACCUUCCAUCUAACUUACUGUGGCCCCAAUGUAAUUAACCAUUUCUACUGUGAUGACCUUCCUCUCUUGGCUCUGUCCUGCUCAGACACACACGUGAAGGAAAUUCUGAUCUUUGCCUUUGCUGGUUUUGAUAUGAUCUGCUCCUCUUCCAUUGUUCUCACCUCCUACAUCUUUAUCAUUGCUGCCAUCUUAAGGAUCCGCUCUACUCAGGGGCGACGCAAGGCCAUUUCCACCUGUGGCUCCCAUAUGGUGACUGUCACUAUUUUCUACGGCACCUUGAUCUUUAUGUACCUACAGCCCAAAUCAAAUCACUCCCUGGACACGGACAAAAUGGCGUCUGUAUUCUACACGGUGGUGAUCCCGAUGUUGAACCCCCUGAUCUAUAGUCUAAGGAACAAAGAGGUUAAAGAUGCCUCAAGGAAAGCCUUGGAUAAAGGUUGUGAAACCUUAAAGCUGUUAAAGUUAAGAAAAUAA